AUGCAUCUGGUGUAUCAAGCUGAUGAAGCUACACUCUGGAAGUUUGAUUUUGAUCCGGAAGCUUUGAGGAAGAAGUAUCUGCUGGAACGAGACAAACGUUUAACGAAUGCCGGAAAUGAUCAAUACAUCAAGCUUGACUCUACAGGCAAAUUCAAGCAUCUGCUCACUGACCCGUAUGUCGAGCCCAUUGUUCGAGCUCCCAUGACGGACGAAGUAGACGUGAUUAUGCUUGGUGGUGGAUUUGCAGGUCUGAUUGCGAGUGUCAAGUUAAUGGAAGCUGGGAUUAAGAAUUUUAAGAUUAUUGAGAAGGGAGGAGGAUUUGGUGGUACUUGGUGGUGGAAUCGUUAUCCUGGCGCGGCAUGUGAUACCGAAGGUGUGAAAAUUCAUGUAUUACAUCGUCGUGUUGGUCAGAGUCUCAAUCAUCACAUUUACAAUGCAGCACUUAUCUACCUCCCGUUUUUGGAAGAGACCAAUUACAUCCCACCUGAACAUUACGCCAAAGCUCCCAUCAUAUUGGAACACUGUCAACGUAUCGCCAAAAAGUGGCACUUGAAUGAGCGUGCAAUUUUUCAGACAGAGGCUAGAGAAUUGAGAUGGGAUGAAUCGAGAGCUCGUUGGACUGUCAAAACUAAUCGAGGAGAUUUAUUGACGUGUAAAUACGUCAUUUGCUCACCGGGAAGCCUUCACGCGGCAAAGUUGCCCGGUAUUAAAGGUGUUGAGGAUUUUAAGGGGCACAUAUUUCAUACUUCGAGAUGGGACUAUAACUACACGGGUGGCAACUCAUACGGAAAUUUGGACAAGCUCAAAGAUAAAAGAAUUGCGAUAAUUGGCACUGGCGCUACAGCCGUUCAAGCAAUCCCACAUCUGGCUGCAUCAGCCAAACAUCUCUAUGUCUUCCAACGAACGCCAUCGAGUAUCGAUGUUCGCAACAACCGCCCAGUAGAUCCAGAGUGGGUGAAGACACUGACCCCAGGCUGGCAAAAGAGGCGGGCUGAGAAUUUCAAUGUCUUGACGUCUGGUGGAUACACAGAAGAGGAUCUCGUAAUGGACGGAUGGACUUCUGUUUUUACAGAAUUGGUCUCCUUAAUAAAGUCCCAAAAGAAGAAUCCUGAAGCUGCGAAGGCAUAUUCACAUGCUGAAAUGUUGCAAUUAGCUGACUACCGGAAAAUGGAAUCAAUUCGGGCAAGAGUAGAUUCUGUAGUCAAAGACAAGAAGACUGCUGAAGCCCUGAAGGUCUGGUACAAUCAGUUCUGUAAAAGACCAUGCUAUCACGAUGAAUACCUACCAACUUUCAACCGGCCAAAUGUCACCUUGGUUGAUACCGAUGGUAAAGGUGUAGAAGCCUUGACUCCAAAUGGAGUAUUAGCUUGUGGAGUGCAAUACGAUGUAGACGCAGUUAUAUUUGCUACUGGAUUCGAAGUCGGUACUUCAUGGACAUCGCGUACCGGCUAUCAAAUAUACGGUGUUGGCGGACUCGCAAUAACUGACAAGUGGAAGGAUGGGUUGUCCACUAUGUAUGGUAUAUCAGUCAACGGGUUCCCUAAUCUGUUCCUGGUGCAGAAUGCGCAGGGAAACAGCCAGGCUGGCACUAGUGUAAACUUUCCCCAGAUCAUUCAUGACCAAACAAGUGCAAUUGUGGACACGCUCGCAAAAUGUUUUGCGGCAAACGUGCGUACAGUCCAACCUUCUGAAAAGGCUGAAAACGAGUGGGUCGAAACCAUUGUCAAAUCAGCGGCUGUCAGGAAAUCAUUUUAUCAAGAUUGCACUCCAGGCUACUACAAUAUGGCAAGUACCGGGUGGAAAUUGACUCCUGAAGGGCAACUCGAUCGGCGCAAGGCCAGAAACUUGGCACUUGGAACAGGACCUGUGGCCUACGCGAAGGUCUUACAAACGUGGGCAUCAAAGAAGGGAUUGGAAGGCAUGGACGUUACGUAUGAGAAUGUGGUCUACCAAAUUGAUGAAGCGAAUCUCUGGAAGUUCGACUUUGAUCCUGAAGCUCUCAAGAAGAAGUAUCUCGAGGAACGAGACAAGCGUCUACGACAAGACGGCAACGACCAAUAUGUGAAGAUUGAUCACACCGGCAAAUUCAAGCAUUUCUUGGUUGAUCCUUACUGCAAACGUGUGGAAAGGCCUGCUUUAAAUGAUGAAGUCGACAUUUUAAUUCUUGGUGGUGGUUUUGGUGGUUUGAUCACCUCAGUCAAGCUCGUCGAAGCUGGCAUUACGAGCUUUAGAAUUAUCGAGAAAGGUGGAGGAUUCGGCGGAACUUGGUGGUGGAACCGUUACCCUGGCGCUGCUUGCGAUACCGAGUCACUCAUCUACUUGCCUCUUUUGGAAGAGACAAAUUACAUCCCACCUGAACACUAUGCCAAGGCUCCCAUUAUAUUGGAACACUGUGACAGAAUUGCCAAGAAAUGGGGCCUGUAUGAUCACGCAGUAUUCCAGACGGAAACAAAUGAGCUGAAAUGGGACGAAGCCCGCUCUCGUUGGAUUGUCAAGACUGACAGAGGUGACAGUAUUGGUGCCAAGUUUGUGAUUUGCUCAUCUGGGCCAUUGCAUUCUCCCAAGUUACCUGGUGUCCUCGGCCUUGAGGAAUUCAAAGGCGAAACCUUCCACACUUCGCGAUGGGACUAUUCUAUAACUGGUGGAAACUCAUACGGCGGUUUGGACAAACUCAAAGACAAACGCGUAGCUAUUAUUGGAACCGGAGCUACCGGCGUUCAAGCCAUUCCUCAUCUGGGUGCAUCAGCCAAACAUCUAUAUGUCUUCCAACGAACACCCUCAAGUAUCGAUGUUAGAAACAACCGCCCGGUUGACCCAGAAUUCGUAAAAACUCUCAAACCCGGAUGGCAAAAGUACCGACAAGAUAACUUCAAUGUUCUCACUGCUGGUGGAUACGUGGAAGAGGACCUCGUGGGUGAUGGUUGGACCUCAGUAUUCACGGAAUUGGUGUCAUUGAUCAAGUCCCAGAGGAAGAAUCCCCCUCCCAAACCUAUGAAGCAACACGAGUUGUUGCAGCUUGCUGAUUACCGUAAAAUGGAGGCAAUCCGAGCAAGAGUCGACGCCACCGUAAAGGAUCCCAAGACUGCUGAAGCCCUCAAGCCAUACUACAACCAGUUCUGUAAAAGACCCUGCUAUCACGACGAAUACCUCCCAACAUUUAACCGACCAAACGUCACCCUUGUUGAUACCAACGGUAAAGGUGUUGAACGACUCACUGCCAAAGGUGUCGUUGCUGGUGGAGUAGAGUACCCCGUCGACCUCGUGAUCUUUGCUACUGGAUUUGAAGUUGGUACUAGCUGGACUUCUAGAAACGGCUAUGAGAUUUACGGCAUCAACAACCAGUCCAUUUCUGAGAAGUGGAAGGAUGGAAUGGCUUCAUUGUUUGGAAUUGCUGUGAACAACUUCCCAAAUCUCUUCUUCAUUCAAGGAAGUCAAGCAGGUGCCUCGGUGAACUUCCCCCAGAUCAUUGCCGAACAAGCUACCGCAAUUACAGAGAUCUUGAAAAAGGCCCACUCGACAAAUAUUGCUCGAAUCCAACCAACGCUGAAAGCCGAGACUGAGUGGAUUAACCAGAUUGUCGGUUCGGCCGUCGUUCGAAAGUCCUUCUAUGAGACUUGUACUCCAGGCUACUACAACGCCGAAGGACAAGUAUCACGUAGAGUUGCGCGUAAUUUCUCAUUGGGAACUGGACCAGUCGUGUAUGCCGACAUUCUUGAAAAGUGGACUGCACAGAAGGGAAUGGAAGGAAUGGAGAUCAAGUAUGGUUCUCCACAAGAAGCUGCUAGACUUUAA